UCAGUGGAGCUGGGAGACUCAUUGGAUGCUAUAUAGAGAGAGGUGGUCUGGGCUGGGCUGCCAGAGGGAAUUUCUGAGCCCCGAGCAGGACCUUCUUGAGAGAGGUUGAGAGAUGAGCGGGUUUCUUCUCCUCCUGGGCGUUUUCGGCCUGUGGGGCAGCGGUUUCAGCCAAGAAUGCAUCCAAGAGCUUCAGGUGGACGUGGACUUCCCAGGAAGUGAUAUCACGCACAUCUAUGCUCCUGAUGCCCACUACUGCCAGCUGGCCUGCACACAGCACUACUCCUGCCAGUUCUUCACCUUUGUCACCCCCCAGUGGACUGCAGACAACAGAUCAUUCUACUGCUACCUGAAAGACACUGAGUCGGGGAAGCCCUCCGUUGUGACAAGCCUGAAGGCCGUGAUUUCAGGAUACAGUCUGAAGAACUGUGGGGACCCCAAUGAAGAGUGCCUCUCCAGAGUCUACAGGGACGUUGAUUUUCCAGGAGCAGACUAUAGGUUCCUGUUUACUGACAACUAUGAAGACUGUCAGUCAGCCUGCACUGAUGACCCAUACUGCCAGUUCUUCACAUACCUCAAUGACACUUACGCCAACGCCGCAAUCCGGCAGAAAUGCUUCCUGAAGUACAGCAGGAACAUCCCGAGCCCCCCUGCUGUCAUGGCUAACGAAAAUGUGGUAUCGGGAUUCUCCCAACGGCCUUGCAACUCCCCUGGCACAGUGCACCACUCCGAAAUCCAGCACUACUACGACUUCCCUGGGCAGGACCUGCUGCGCACCCCCGCCCCCUCUGCGGAGUUCUGUCAGCUGCUCUGCACCGCUCACCCACAGUGCUCCUUCUUCACCUACUCCAGGCUGGAAUGCUACCUGAAACAUGGAGAGGUUCGGGAAAAGUCACCCAGAACAGAAGCACAUUCUGGGAACCCAAGCCAAUUCUCUGGGCCUGUGAAUGCCUGUGUGAAGAAAGCAUUUGAGAACAUUGACUUUGUUGGGUACAACAUGCGCUCUGUAGUGCUGAACAGCCCCGAGCAGUGUGAGGAAGUCUGCACUUCUGACCCCACCUGCCAGUUCUACACCUACAUGAACGAAGACUACCCUCACCUCAUACACAGGAGGCACUGCUUCCUGAAGCAGGUGAUUUCAGUGCCACAGCCCCCGAAGAUCACUACUCUGGCUGGAGCAGUGUCGGGGUUCCACCGGAGAAACUGCCAGUGCAAAAGAGACAUCCCAGAAGAGAUAGACUGCGGGGAGGUGGACGACACGCAGGCGCGGAUCCUGGGCGGGACGAGGGCGGAGAGGAACAAGUGGCCGUGGCAGGUGUCCCUGCACGAGGACUCCUCGCACAGCUGCGGGGGCAGCAUCCUGAGACGGCGCUGGGUCGUCACCGCGGCGCACUGCCUCGUAGACUCCAAGGCGUCAGACCUGAAGGUGUACGCUGGGAUACUGAGGCAGAAAGAAACACGCUCCGCGGAGUACUAUGGCGUGGAGAAGAUCCUGAUGCACUCGGAAUACGAUCAGGGAGAUCAAGAAAACGACAUAGCUCUGCUGAAACUGGACAGGCCCAUCACGUACGAUGACUCAAAGUGGCCUAUCUGCCUCCCAAACAAGGCAAAAGAGAAGGAGUUUUGGGGACAGAAAUGCUGGAUCUCAGGCUGGGGGAAAUUGGCUUCAGGAAAAUCGCCGAGUUUCCUUCAGCAAGCAGAGCUCCCUCUGAUCACCACUGAGGCCUGCAGGUCCUUCUACAGCAACAGCUCCAUUGCUGACACCAUGCUCUGUGCAGGUCUCGAGGAAGGUGGCGUCGACACCUGUCAGGGCGACAGCGGCGGGCCCCUGAUGUGCGAGUCGCAGGACAAGUGGUACCUGAUGGGCGUGACCAGCUGGGGAGAUGGCUGUGGGGUGGCAGGCAAGCCCGGGGUGUACACCCGAGUGGAGAAGUACCGGGACUGGAUUAAAGGCACCAUCUGCCAGAAUUCCUGAAGCCCAGAUGGGAUUUGAAGAUAAGCCACCUGGGCAACAGCUUACUCAUUUACAACGGCCAGUCCAGGCUGUACAACAGAAGAGUAUCUAGUGGAACAGAGACACCUAAAGAAGGAAUAUGGACACAGAUUUUGGACACAAAAGAAAUACCAGUGCACUAGCCCCGUCUUCGCCACCCUUUUCUUUCAUUCAAUCUCUGUUUCGCCUGUUCAUAACUGGGAGCCAUAAGAGCACAUCGACAUGUAUAUUCAAAUAUACUUAAUCUCUCAGA